GUUAAAUGUCUUACAAUGGCUUUUCACCAACGGUGAGUAUUUAUAAACUAAGAGCACAAGGCAAAUUAUCAAGCAGGCUGCUAGACAUGGACAUUGUCAAGGUAAGAGUUGGAGACAGUGUCUUUGAAACAAACAAGUCUCUACUGUUAGGAGAAUGUGAAUACUUCAGGGCACUUUACAGAUCGGGGAUGGUAGAGUGCCAUCAAGAAGAGAUUCACGUGAGGAACCUCAAAGCUCAAGGGUUCCUAAUCAUGCUGGCCGUGGCCAAUGGUGAGAGACCCAUUCUGAAUGAUGAAGAGAUUUUGGAAGCCAUUGAAUGUGCUGCUUUCUUCCAGGCCGAAUCUCUUGCAAGGCAUCUUCAGGAUCUUCUCAACUCCAACAACUGCCUGCUCAUGUACCAAGUUUCAGCCACCUUUGGCUUAUUGGGACUCCAUGAGAUGUCAGCUCAGUUCAUUCGCAAUAUGUACCGUGACCUGCAAGAAGACUUGAAGAAACUUCCUCAGGAGCUGGCCGAACAUGUGGAGUCUCUGGUUCCUAGUGCGUUUGUGGCUGUGGGUUCACACUCCACUUGCUCUGUGGAUGAGCUUCCUCUUGCCGCCACAAGGACAGUAUGUUACCUUGAUGAGUAUGAUGAAGAGUGGAAGGUCCUCACUGCCUUGCCAAUGGAGGCCAGCACCUCUCUGGCUGCUUUGACCGUUUUGGACAACCGACUCUACGUUGUUGGAGGUGUGCACGGUGUUGACAAGAGGCCCGUUGAUGCUAGCUUUUGCUAUGAUGUUGUCACCAACACCUGGAGUUUGCUACCAGGUCCCAGACAGCCACGGUACAACUUCACCCUAAUUGGGAUAGAAAGUUGCCUCUACGCCAUCGGAGGAGAGUCUGGAAGAACCACCAUGUCCUCAGUUGAGAAAUAUAACGUUGUCACAAAGGAGUGGACAUUCGCAGCACCAUUACCUCGACCGGUCGCUGGGGUCGCAUGCACCAAAGCCAUGAGCCGAAUUUUUGUGUGUCUGUGGAAGCCGAUGGAGACUAAUGAAAUCUAUGAAUACAUCCCAAACCAGGAUAUGUGGGUUCUGGUGAGUACACUUCUGAAGCACCAGAGCUACGGACACUGCAUGGUGGCCCACAGGGACAACCUCUACGUCAUUCGCAACGGUCCCCAAGAUGACUUCCUGCGCUGUUUGAUGGACUGCUACAACAUCACCACCGGACAGUGGACGUCAAUGCCUGGGCACUAUGGCAACAGCAAAGGGGCACUGUUCACCUCUGUAGUGAGAGGAGACUCUGUGUUCACGCUGAACCGCACCAUGACUAUGGAGUACACCAUCACAGGGAACAUGUGGAAACCUUUUAACCAGGUGAAGGGUUUUCCUAGGAAUGGGUCUGUGUGGACAUUUCUACUCAGGAUACCAAAGGAGAGGAAAGAAGUGACAGUGUCUUAAAUGGACAGAACCUUAGUAGCAAUAUUAGUGGCUAAUACAUUUGAAUACUGUUUUUAUCCCAUUCACAGUGAACAUGAAUU